AUGGCGGACCACGAGGCGGCGGCGAGGGCUCCACCCGUGGCGGUGGCGCCGCCCCCACCGACUCCGAGGACCGCGGCUGCGGAGGCGGAGGCGGAGGCGAAGGCGGCGCUGGCUGACGUCGUCGUCUACUGCUUCCUCAGCGCGAUGUUCGUGGGCUACGCCGCCAGCAUCGCCUUGAUCGUCGGGCGCUACGCCGUCGGCGGGCGCUACCCCUACGCGUACGCGGUGGUGGCGGCCGUCGCGAGGCACGUGUUCCUGCUCGCACUUAUCGCUGUGGAGAUGCUCUGCCCGUUCACCAUCCUGGUUGAGGGUGUGCACGUCACCAUGCAGGUACAUGGUCUAGAGCACCCUGGAGCACGCGGCGGGCGUCAGGGUCAGGGCACUGGCUAUGGCCUCAUACCGCUGCUGGUCUUCCUCGUCUUCUCGAUAUUCAUGCUGCUAGGCCUGCUGAUGCAAGAACGCUUGCCUGCAAAGGAGUGCUAUGUUCAGACUGCUGGGGAAGCCUUUAUCAGUGACAUUGGAAGCUUCAUUUGCUCUGUCAUGGUCAUCUUUACCUUCAUUCCGCAUGUGUUGAUCCAGCUGAGGGACAUGCCGAGGUGA